AUGACAGAAUUGUCGUUCGCGAAAUCAUUCUUGACGAGCCUGGAUGGGCGGCCGAAUAAGUUGGGUCCCGAUCAUAUUGAGGAUGCCAGGACCUAUCCUGCUAGGAGCGCGUUCAUCCUCCCCAAAUCCACAGGCCCGCCCCUAGCCAAGAAAACGAAGCUCGCACCAGGCGCCGAAGCCUCGAUUACCGUCUCCCUGAAGUCACUGCGCAAUCCACCUCUCAACGUAACGCUAUUCUCGCAACCGCUCAGUACCUCGAUCUUCUCUUUAAAAGAACAGCUUUCCUCGGAAACCAGUAUCCCAGUCUCAGCGUUGCGGAUCUUGUACUCGAAGAAACCGGUGGGAGAUAGUAAGGUGUUGAAAGAUGUGGUGGAAGAGGGGAAGGGGAAAGUGGAGUUCAGUGUGAUGGUUAUUGGAGGCGCCGCGGCUAUUCAGAAGGGAGUGGAAGAGACAGAGCCUAUGGAGGGGGUAAUGGGACAAGGGGGUGAAGUACUAAAGACGGAAGAGUUCUGGAGUGACCUGAAAGGUUUCUUGGUUCAGAGAUUGAAGGAUGAGAAUGAGGGGGAGAGGGUUUGGGGGGUUUUCAAAGCUGCAGUGGAUAAGUCAUGA